UAGAUUUAGGGACCUAGUUCUAUUUAGAAAAGUUUAGGGGGGCUAAAAGUUAUUUUCAAAAAUUCACAACAAUUUAGAAUAAAAGAACAUUUCCAAAUUUCUAUUUUAUUAUUCUUAUGGACAAAAAAGCCAAUCUCCUAUUAUAUGUAUUUUUUCAAUCCUCUGUUUUGUAAGAAAUACUAAUUUCCCGACAAAAAUUCGAUGUUCCGCGCGUGAAUUCUCUUCCUCCCUUCGCGCGUUUCUCCGAUCAGUGGGGGUUUCAGGGAUUUGUUGAUGGGUGCCCCUAAACAGAAAUGGACAGCAGAAGAAGAAGCUGCUCUCAAGGCAGGAGUUGUUAAGCAUGGAACUGGUAAAUGGCGCAAUAUACUUUCUGAUCCCGAGUUUAGUUCUGUCUUGCGAUCACGCUCAAAUGUGGAUCUCAAGGAUAAAUGGAGAAAUAUAAAUGCCACAGCCAUAUGGGGGUCAAGACAGAAGGCCAAGCUUGCUCUUAGGAGAAAUCAGUUGGCCACUAAACAUGAUGAUAACCCCAUGGCUCUUGUCACUGUACCUCCAAGGGAAGAAGUUGUUGAUGCUAAGCCCCUUGCAGUUUCUAGUGGAACACCAAGGGCAAUUGGUCCUAAAAAACCAAUUUCAAGGUUGGAUAAUAUUUUAUUAGGGGCUAUCACCAGUUUGAAAGAGCCAGGUGGUUCUGACAGAGCUUCAAUUGCUGUAUACAUAGAGGAGAAAUAUGCUGCUCCACCAAACCUCAAGAAGCUGUUGGCAACAAAAUUAAAGCUGUUGGUAGCAAAUGGGACAUUGAUAAAGGCAAAGCACAAGUACAGGAUUGCACCACGUUCAACUAUUUCUGAAGCAAGAUCUCCUCUGCUUCCUUUGGAAGGAAGGCAGAAGGGUUCUUCAAAAGCAGAGAAGAAGGGCGUCAACAUUCUUACUAAAACCCAAGUUGAUGCAGAGUUGUCAAAAAUGAGGAGCAUGGCUGCAGAAGAGGCUGCUGCAGCUGCUGCACGAGCAGUUGCAGAGGCAGAAUUUGCAAUUGCAGAGGCUGAAAAGGCAGCAAGAGAGGCUGACACAGCCGAAGCUGAAGCAGAAGCAGCAAAAAUUUUCGCUAAAGCAGUAGAGAAAGCAUUGAAGUCUCAGAUGCUAGAUACCUGGUAAAUCCUCUUUAAUCAGUUUUUCUUAGAUAUUCUUCUUAUCGAACAAUGUUCGUAGAUCUAAAAACACAGGUUUUCUCAGAGGAAGCUCGUGUCGGUUGCUUAAGAGGAUCUUAAUCAAGAGUACACCUAGUCAUAGUCAUGAUAUUUACCCCCUGCGGCUCUGCCAAUCAACAAAGCUUCAUUGCAACUUGACAUCAGUUCAACAAAAUUUAUUUCUCUUAUUUCAGUGAGCCUAUUUCAACCUUUUUUCUACACGGUUGAGAAGUUUCUGUAACUAAGAUUUAGGAAGGAUAGCUGUUCUUAUCUGUAGAGUGUAGAGUAUCCUCGGACUUCUUUGAACUCAGUGGUUGGAUAGUUUCAUAGAAAUCCCAUUGCAAAUCAGGCGGUUACUUUCUCUUAAUAUCAUUAUUCUUUUCCUCCUCAUAGAAGCUUCUCUUUUCCUGUUGAUUUUGACACCAAGUAUAUCCCAGAAGUAGUGACAUGGAGUGGCCACAUAUUUUUGACAUCCAUAGCUUUCAUGUUUUAUGAAACAACAAUUUAUUAUUACUUGUCAAGUAUAUCCAGGUGAUAGUGACAUGGGACUUCUGGAUAUUUUUUACAUCCAUCAUUUUUAUUCUUUCUUUUGUGAAUGUUGUAUUCGAGCUUAAAUAAAAGAGUACUAUAUUGUAGCAUCUUAUGGUUUGCAAGAUUUUACCCCUAUCAUGUGUUUGUUUUUGUUGCUUACUUCUUGAUGUCAGUUGGAAAUUU